AUGCCGGUGGUGCCAGCUUUGGCCGAGGGUGCUGGCCAACUGGAGGACCUUGACGAGCCUCCAGAGCCUCGUGUUCGCGGAGGAAGCGGAAGAGCCAGCCUGAUGAAACCCCUGGUUGUUCUCGCGCUUCCUGGCAUGUAUCUCUUCUACAAGUACAGCCAAUAUAGAAGGGAACAACGCGAAUUGUCUCGAAGGCGGGUCACCGAAAGGGAGCUUCAGCAUCUUCAUCAUAAGAUCGACAAACUAUUGACGAAGCUGGAGAAGAACGAACCGGAGUUAGCGUCCUCUCAGGAAGACGAGUGCGUGAUCUGUGUGAAUGCCAGGGCCACGAUGCAAACUGCUCCCUGCGGCCAUCGGGUUGUUUGCAGGCGUUGCUUCGUCAAAACGAUACAAAUGGCGGUGUCACAGAGACUUUUACCACUGAGAUGCGUCAUAUGCAGAGCAAAGAUUCUACGCCUGAAACAAACCCUCAUCCCUCGGGACUACUCGAUGUCUGGAAAGUCUUGGGUUCUGCCACAAAGCGCGUCAGAGUAUAACAUGGGGACAGGAGUGCCAGUGGGAGUGACUGGACCUGGCGGUAGAUGGGUCGCCGGAAAUGUGCCAGCCUCCGCCUCUUUGUACUCUAUGGCCAGUGGUUCAUCCUCUAUUUCCGGAGUGUCUUCCGUAUCUUCUUCGAGUUCGUCUUCUGCAAGUAGCACUGGAAGCUCUAACCUUGGGAAACCUACGAGGGUGAGGCAACCUUCUGGCGCGACUCUGAGACGCUCACAGACGCAAUCUAUGAAAAUGAGAAUUCAGGAGUAUCAAGAUCCGAUUCAGCAGGUCGUGGAAGAGGAAGAAGUGAUGAGGGAAAAUCGGGAUCGCAGGUUGCCGCCGAUCAAGGAAUUCCAGAGGGACUAUCGUGCAGGAAAAGCAUCCACUAGGAUAAGAUGUGCUCAAAAAAUCGUGACUCAAUUGGAAACGUCGCCGACCCCGAGAGAUUCUAACAACGUGAACAGCUCGACGUCCUCAUCAUCGACGAAGUCUACGUCGAAGAGGCCUCAGUCAGCUCCGAAGCUGUCGGUGGUUCAGGAGAUUCAGAAGUCGAAGAAGGAGAAGGAGAGGGAGAAGGAGCGGGAGAAAGCGGAGAAGGCUCGUCAGAAAGAGGAAGAAAAAGCAGAGAAGACUAGACAGAAGGAGGCCAAGAAAUUGGCCAAGGAGGAGAAGAAAAGAGCGAAGAAGGAGGCGAAGGCGAGGCGAAAGGAGGCCGAGGAAGCUCUCCUUAGAGAGUAAAAGUAGUCUUCGAGUUGAAUAGGAACGACAAGUAGAAGUUCACAACGAUCAAUAAAGUAUUCGAAAAUCCUCAACAUAGGAUUUUCAAUGCGAUUGAUCUUGAUCGCACUCGGGGUCCGUUCAAGCUGCAUCGCGAACGCGAUAGUCAUUAAAAAUGAAAAAAUGAAAUCAAAGGAUUCACGAGCAUUUUGUAAUUCUUAGAGUCUAGUUAGUAUUCUUCUCGAGGCACGUGCGAUCUCUUUCGAUUCUUUGAGAUCGAAGAGUGCACGGUGUCGCCAACGAUAGCGUUUCAUUCCGGAGAGGAAGGGUCUAUUUAUCGACUAUAUUAAUCGCUUUAUUUGACAAACAAUUAGGAUAAGGCGUUUUAACAUUUUAUAAAAAGGGCGCGAGACGUAGGUGUUGCUUUCGUGAGGCAGCUUGAACCAAAGGCAAUCCCGAGGGACGCGAGGAACGUAUAGCGGCGAUAUAGAGACGUAUAUCUAAGAUAACCUAGAAGCGGCCAAACUUAGUAACCUGUCAUAUCGAGUUAUCGCGGACUAAUAAUACUAAUCGAUAGGAAGACUCGAGAAAAGCGUAGCGCUACGUUGCUAUUAUUUGAUUAUCGCGUAAUCUUUACCCUUUAUCCUGGGCGUUUCCUUUUUGUAGGAACAGUAACCUCGUGACGUUUUGUCGUUACUUUUUUUAUAGGAUCAUCCAUCGAAUCAUUCUCAUCGAUCUGACUAAACGUAACUUGAAUCGUCGGUCGUUUUAGCGGUUAACGAACACACCGAUCCGAGACCUAUUUUUCGACUCCGCUUCACGGACAAUACUUUGAGAAAAACGUAGUUUAAUUCGCAGUUAAAUCUCCCCUUUGUCACAUUCUAAGAAAAGAAAAAAAGAAAAAAAGAGACACGUAAAACAAUUCUUCAUCAGUAGACUACGGAUGUUUAUGAAUUUAUGAAAAAUUCCGAAGUGCAAGAAUGUACAGAGUACACGUUAUAUGCAGAAAUAUAUAAAGUAUAACAUAAAACAAAAAAGUAUUCUUUGUAAUAUUCCGUAGGUUUAGAAAGACCAGUUUUUUAAUUAUGUUCGUAAAAAUACGAAAUAAACAUCCGCAGUUUGCUCGUUAGCAAUCUCCGAUCAUUCGAUCAUGAAAUUGAUAAUCCUGUUCCUCCAAUCGAUUUGUAGUAAUCAUCGUUAGUUCGUUAGAAACUCUAACAUUUCCUGUUUCCGUUCUUCAUCCCUGAAACUACUCCGAAAGGAAGAACAAAAACACGAAAACAUGCAAAAAUUUGGGAUAAUUAAACGCGAAAAAAUUCCCGCGGUACUUCAUCGAGUACUGAUUAAAAGUACUAAUUUCGACAGCUAAAGAGAUACAUAUGUACGUUCUUUUUCACUUUCAUCCCUGCCGAUUGAAUUAUUUCACCAUUUUCUUCGCGCACAUAUGCGUGCGUGUGUAUAUGUGUGUGUGCGCGCGUGUGCGUGUAUGUGUACAUAUUCGCGAGACGAGUACUCGUUUCACUUCGGGGAAGACGAACAAUUCGCGUAAAUAUACUACGAUAAGCCUAAGCGAGGGUUCGACUAAUCGAAGAACACGCGAAAGUGUGUCUACGGCGGAAUAGUAAAAAGAAAAAAAUAAAGAAAAUGAAAAAAAUAAUGAUAGUACAAUACCGAUAGAUAGAAAUGACGAAAGCAGAGUUUCGAGUGCAGUGCGUGCCUCGUUUAUCGACUUUUCGUGAUUACCGUAGAUGCGUAGCGUUUUAUCGAUUCAUUUAAUCCUCUUCUCUCUCUCGAGACGCGGCUCGAGAAGCUUAAUUAAUCGAUGAACUAUAACUUACAAAACUAUUACCCUUCGCCAUGUUACACUAGACGCUAUUUCAGAGAUCCCCUUUUACCCUUGUAACCCUUUUACUGGGCGGAGGCAAGGUAAUUACUCGUUUCACAAUAACCAGUCGUGUGUGAUGAUGUUUGUACAUGUAAAUUCGAGAACUCGUCGGAUAUUAUUCUCUAACUUGUAUUAAAAACAGCUUUGACUAAAUUCAAACAAGAAGCUAAGAAUUUGUGGUUUUAUCGGAAAGUUAGAGCUUCAGUCAAAGGGUUACGGAGAAGAAAGACAUACAACAAAAAGAGAGAGAGAGAGAAAGAGUAACUGUAUACAUAUUAAAUAUUAUACGUAAUGUCCUACUAUACUCGGAUAAGAAGAACGAAAGAAGGAGAGAAAGUAGGUUGAAUAUCACGAGUAUACGAUUCACGGUUACGAGACUAAUCCGCGAUUAAACCUCUUUGAAACUGUUCUCACCCUCUGCCCCUUGCCCCCAUACUUUUCAACCCCUCGGUUCGAUGAGCGAUACUGGAUAAAAUGAUGCUCGGGGUAGAAUUAAUAAUGUUUGAAUCGAUAUUCUAUAUUAUUAUUAGACAAGAUGGCACUUCGUCCUUGCUACGAGAUCGGUUACUUGGAAUUUCGAGUUUUCGUUUUAGUCUCACGAUGAUUGGAAAACAAGCCAGCAUCGCUCCGGAGCCAGCUCAAGCAGCCAAAAAUCAAAAGCAAUUUUUUACAACGCGCGACAAUGAUUUA